AAUCUUACUGCUAUUUUCACAGAAUGGCAAAAUAUAUUGACAGAUCUACCAAUCUUAUCUAGCCCUCCCAUUUUGCAAUGCAGACUGACGGGUAUGAAGUGUAGUUAGGCGUCGAUGCGAUUCCACGUCAAAAGAAAACGGCAAAAAAAUGGAAGUAGCUCAAACACGACCAUAUUAUAUAUGUACCUAAUCCCAUUGCUAACUUCUUAUUGGAAACCCAAAAUAUCGUCGAGUUUGUUGUUCCGAUCAACACCUCGUACCAACUACAUACUUACACGAAUGGAAUCAUCAAGAAACGAUGAGAUAACCCACGAGUUCUUCCCCUUCUUCAAAGUUUUCAAAGAUGGUCGUGUGGAAAGAUUCAUGCAUUCUGAUACCCAGAAAGUCCCCCCUUCUGAUGACCCACGCACUGGCGUUCGAUCCAAAGAUGUAGUCAUCUCGUCCGAACCCCCAGUCUCUGCGCGUAUUUUCUUGCCCCAGAUACCCGAACCGAACAAGAAGCUACCUCUCCUUGUUUACAUCCAUGGAGGAGGGUUUUCCAUUGAAUCUGCUUUCAAUCCUGGUUACCACAAGUUUGUCAGCGCUCUCGCGGCCAAAGCCUCAGCCAUAGCCGUCUCGGUGGAGUAUAGGCUAGCCCCCGAGCACCCGAUACCGGCAUGUUACGAGGAUUCGUGGGCCGCGCUUCAGUGGGUGGCAUCCCAUGCAAAUGGAGAUGGCCCCGAUCCGUGGUUGAAUAACCAUGCGGACUUCCGGCGGGUUUUUUUGGCGGGCGACAGUGCCGGGGCAAACAUUUCGCAUCACCUGGUUGUUCGUCUCGGGUCAUGCGGUUUGCCCGGUGUAAAACUGUCUGGGCUGGCUUUGGUGCACCCGUAUUUUGGAGACGGGGAUGAUAAGAUGUGGCUGUACAUGUGUCCGGAGAAUAGAGGUCUGGAGGAUCCUAGGCUGAAACCAGCCGCAGAGGAUCUGACCGGGCUAGGAUGUGAGAGGGUGCUGAUUUUUGUGGCUGCAGAGGACCAUUUAAGAGAGAGGGGGACCGCUUACUAUGAAGACUUGAAGAAAAGUGGGUGGAAAGGAACGGUGGAGAUUGUGGAACAUGAGGAGGAGGACCACGUGUUCCAUCUGAGAAAGCCCAAAUGCGAGAAAGCUUUAGAUCUCGUGGACAGGUUGGCUUCCUUCGUCAAGCAAGGCUAAGAGCAUGUAAAAUCUUCUUGGAAAAAAACUUGAUGGAUUUUAUGAGAUUUGUAAAAUUGUGGGACUUAUUAUAAGUAUCUAUAAAUCAGAAGUAUGUCUAUAUUUAGAGAGUUUGUUAGAGGUGUUUUUAUUGAAGGAGAGUAUAAAAUCUUACUAUUGCUUUGGCCUCUUGUAAUUUUUUACAAGGACUUUGUUGUGUUUUUUUCAUUU